UGAACCGGCAAUCGGCGCCGCAGUGCAAACGAGGCAACCGGUAAAGCGACAUUCGUGAGCCGGCCUCUGCUGAGAUUGCUGAAAUGUGGAUCCGCAGCUUCAAGUGUUCUUUAGUGGUGGUGUUACUCACGUGCGCGUUUUUCGCCGGCUCAGGUGCACGUGAAACAGACAAUGAAGACACCAGCACCGGCAGUGCAUCAAUCGGUGCAUAUGCUGGUGCAUCUGGCGCUAGUGCAUCUGCAUUAAGCAGCACUAGUGUGUUUGGAGAAACAGAAAAUACUCAUGGAACUCACGAUGGACAUAAGGGAAUUCGUAGUUACGAUAGCACUGGUUUUCCCCACGACAUCAAUGCUAAUCGUGGUGUAAAAUCCUACGGCACACCUUCAGGACAUGGCGCCAGCGAUGAUCAUGGAAUAAAAAGCGGAGGUCACGGCUAUAAUAAGAACAGUAAUGACUGUUCUAAAUGCAAAUGGGAGAAUGACGAUUAUUGGGAACGAGACGAGCCGGAGGAGGAAGGAGACGAGGACAACGGGGAUGAAUGUGAUGACGGUCAAUAUAGGCCUGAUAAAACGCAUCAUCAUGGUUCUACUAAAGGACACAAACCAGGAUCGCGUCCACCCGGCGUGCACAAGAUAGGACCUACGGGCGUCUAUGUUGACGACGGAGCCACCGGAGAAAAUAGACCUGGUAGUCCUUUGUACGUUCAUGGUAGCAAAACCGAGGGUACAACACCGAGCUCUUGGAAUAGAGGAACAACUCCGAGUUUUGGAUCUCCAUCGACACCUGUUUGGAGUGAUAGACACGACACUCCAGCUGGAAGUCCAGCUGGAUUUCCAUCUACAUCAAAACCUGGUGUUUCUUGGAAUUUUGGUGGAAACUUUGGAACAACGUCGAAACCUGGGGGCCCAAGUUGGAGUACCGGAUCCAGUGUGCCGGCCGGCAGAUUUCCUUCUUCACAAGGACCUGGUGCAACGUCUAAACCCGGGCAAGGAUGGAACACUAAACAUGACGGAGUUCCAACGGCAGGGUUUCCCUCUUCACAAAAACCUGCACCGAGUUGGAAUACUGGUCAUGGCAGUACACCUACUGCAAGUUUCGGUGUCACACCGAAACCAGAAUCAAAUUGGCCUCGGUACGAUAAUACCGGAGGAUUUCCAUCUACGUCAAGACCUGGUGUUCCAUGGAGUACCGGUGGAAAUUUUGGAACAACGCCGAAACCUGGACAAAAUUGGAAUACUAGACCCGACGAUAAACCUGAAUCAAACUGGAAUCCUGAUCAAGGUAUUACGCCUGGUACAUCUAGUUGUACUCAAACUGAUUCGGAUUGUAGCCAAGGGAAGCAAGUGCCUGUCAAGCCAGGCGCCACGCCUAUUAGUCAGACAAAAAGUGGUCAAUUCCCGAGUGGUACUUCACCUGCAAUAUCACAUGUAGGAAGUAGUUCAUCUCCGGUAUACAGUCAUCCACAGAACAGACCUUACGGACAACCUGGAACACAAAGCACAUUUGCUAGUGCUUAUGCUGGAGCAGGUGUAACAACUGGUACUGGAAGUCCUUAUGGAGGAGCACCUAAUUUUGAAAAGAAGGAUCAACCAUUUGGUUUUGACAAACCAGCAAGCACUCAGACAUCAUAUGGACCAUAUCCAACAGAUCAAGCAUUCUCUGGUAGUAGUACUUAUACUCCAGGAAAUAUUCCUAAUUAUAAUAAACAUGGACAUGGAAUUGGUUCUCAUGGAACUUGGCCUACGACUAUAACAAAUACAUUUGGAACUACCGAAAGACCAUAUGGAGGAAUUGGUUCACCUGGUUCUAUUCAAGGUAACGUAUAUACUCCUGGAAAAUUGCCGGGAUCUCCAGGUGGAAGUGGCAUUUAUGAGCAUCCGAGUGUUACCAAACCGAGUUCUGGCGGAAACACUUGGCAGGGUACAGGAACUACGGGUCCUUAUAUUGGAUUUCCUACAACUAAAACUCCGCUUAGUCACGUGAGCAUUCCGAGUUCUACGUUAUCCACUCCAUAUGACAGAACGAGACCAAAACAACCUAGUUUUAAUAUCGCGAGUAGUAGCGCAACUGCAAGCGCUGGUGCAAAUACAUCGUUUGGAACAUCUCUUGGUGCACAUAGCACUCCCAGCAUAACCGGAACAACUUCAAUUUAUGGUACAACUCCGACACACAAUGGAGAUAGAAGUUAUACUCCUGGAAUCAAAGGUUCCGUUGGAAGUAAAAGACCUACUUAUGGAACUACUCCUUUAAGUACAUAUCCUAAUAGUGGAGGUAAUACUUGGCCUAGUAAACAACCUGAAAGAGGAACUAUAUCUGAUAGAUAUCCUAUAAGUGGUACCUGGCCUGGAGGACAGCCUGGAAGUAGUAAUGUACCUUGGUCUAGUAGAAAACCUGAAGACGGAAGUGGAGUUACGCCCAGCAGACAUCUUCCAAGCGCUAGCGGAACCUGGCCUGGUAAACAACCUGAAGGUGGAAGUGGCACGUGGCCUACCAGACAACCUGAAGGUGGAAGUGGCACGUGGCCUACCAGACAACCUGAAGGUGGAACUUGGCCUAGCAAACAACCUGGAGACGGAAGUGGGACAUGGCCAAAUCGGGGACAAUCUGGACAUGGAAGCGGAUCUGCAUGCUCAAAUGUAUAUUGUGGAGAUGCUGCAGGUUCUUACGGACGAGGUAGCAGUUGUGGAGGAUGUUGCGGAAAUUAUAAUUGCGGUGAUUGUAGUGGAGGAAGUAAUAAUGUACCAGCGACACAUGGAUUGUGUGGUGGAACAAUAGGACCCAGUGGCGUUAAUAAAACAUAUUAUCCCGCUGGAACUGGCGAUGGCAACGUUCCAAAUAUUGGAUCAUAUCCUGGUUCCGGUGUUGAAUCCUAUCCUGGAAUUAAUCAAGGUACAACAUCAGAAGGUCCUGUGCAAUGGAAUCCUGCAAAUCCAUUCUUAUAUGGAGGCAGACUUCCAAGUGAUGUUUCACAUUCUUGGACUGAAACUACAGAUAAACCGAUUGGUAAAGGAAAUCCUUUCCUCGAUCCGAAUUGGAGUAGUCCUAAACCUGAAUAUAGCAUUAACAACGAUAAAAAUAUAAUUCCUCAUGGAGAAGGAAGUACCAAGCCUAUUGGUCAAGGAAAUCCUUUCUUGGAUGGUAGCAAGGGAAGUAUUAAUCCUAACGAAGGUGUGAUUCCGCUCGAAAGAAAAAAACCAGAAGGAAGUAAUCCUUUUCUUAAGAGACCUUUUGGAGACGAAAAUAGAGAACUAAGUAAUCCAUUACAUGGUGGACAUCCAGACGGACUGGGAACAUCAGGAGAUUCUCUUGGAUCCGGAAUAUCAGGAAGUAAUCCCUUUCUUAGACCUUCGGGAAGUGGAAAUAGUGGCUUAGGUGGCCCGUCAUAUGGUGAACAUUUAGACGGAUCGGAAAUAUCAAAAAAUAAUCCCUUUCUUAAACCUUCUGGAAGUGGAAAUAUUGGCUCAGGCAGUCCGUCAUACGAUGGAUAUUCAGACGGAGCACCAGGAAGUUCUACUGAACCGGGAAUAUCAGGAAGUAAUCCUUUUUUAAGACCUGAAAGUGGAACUACUGGCUUGAAUGGUCCGUCAUAUGGUGGACACCCAGACGGAUCGAGAACAGGAAGUUCUUCUGGAUCAGGAAUAUUGGGAAGUCCUCAUGGAUUAGGAAGACCGGGAAGUUCUCUUGGAUCGGGAACUCCGGGAAGUCCUUUUGGAUCGGGAACAUCUGGAAGUUCUCUCGGAUCGGGAAUCUCGGGAAAUCCUCUUGGAUCGGGAAUAUCAGGAAGUGGAAGCUAUGCAGGUGUAAAGGGCGGUUUUCAUCCUGACAGAGUGUCCCCACAAAUUGGAAAUAAUGAUGGAGUUUAUCCUACGGGAAGCAAUCCUCAAGUUCCAGCCGGUCCAUUACAAUGUAAACUGGGUCUAUUUGGAUGUGGAACACCUGGUAGUGGAAGUUACGCAGGCAAUAAAUAUCCGGGAGGAGCAUUUGGUGGAAAUGUCGGAACCGGUAUUGGAAGUCCAGGAAAUGUUAACAAUGCUCCCGGUGGGUCUGGAAAUCCGGGAGUUAAUCCCGUAUCAAGUCAUACUGUUGCUGGCGCAGGUAUUCCUGGAGCUGAAGGCAACAAUUUGGCGGCAUCCGGUGGUGCUCAUGCGGGAGCUUAUGCUGGAUCCUUCGCUCAAGCUUCUAGCUCGAGUUUUGCUGGCGCAGGAGGUUUGUAACUUGUAAAAAUGCGUUUCAAUGAUAGAUAUACAAAAUUGCAUAUCAA